CUCACCUAUCCCAUUUGUCACGUACCCCAUAACCAUCAUUUAUCCCUUCCUAAUACUACCUACUUAAACAAACUUGCUACACCACUCUUCCCGCACCUAGCAGCGCUGAACCCAGCAGAUUGCUUCAAAACUAAAAUCUCCCAAAUGACUUCUCCCAAAAACGAGCUCCAAUAUCCUCUGUUGGAAUCCUACCGUCCCCUUCCGUCCACCAAAUCCUUCACCUCAAAGCAUGCUCACGAAGAGCAUGCAAGCGGAGAGCUGGAACAAGUACUAUGCGACACCUACAAGCCGUUUUCGCAGCGGCUUAAACCUGCCCUAUGGAUCGAGUCCAAGCUCCUCGUCGUCCUCGCCGCCCCCGCCAUCAUCGUGUACAUGAUCAACUAUGUCAUGUCCAUGUCCACCCAAAUGUUUUGCGGCCACCUUGGUAAUCUCGAGCUCGCCGCCUCCUCCCUCGGCAACAAUGGCAUCCAAAUCUUCGCCUAUGGUCUUUUGUUGGGUAUGGGAAGCGCAGUGGAAACCCUAUGUGGACAAGCACACGGUGCCCAAAAGUACAAAAUGUUAGGCAUAUACCUACAAAGAUCAACAGUCCUCCUAUUUUUCCCUGGUGUACUCCUCACCAUUAUUUACGUCUUCUCCGAACCAAUCUUGCUUUUACUUGGUGAAUCUCCAAGCAUUGCUUCUUCAGCUGCAGUUUAUGUGUACGGACUGAUCCCUCAGAUCUUUGCCUACGUUGUCAACUUCCCGAUCCAAAAGUUCAUGCAAUCUCAAAGCAUAGUUGCCCCAAGUGCUUAUAUAUCGACUGGAACCCUAGUUAUCCACAUUUUGCUCAGCUGGGUUGCUGUGUACAAGGUGGGGUUGGGUUUGCUGGGUGCAUCGCUGGUGCUGAGUCUGUCAUGGUGGAUCACCGUGGUGGCACAGUUCGUGUACAUUGUUAAGAGUGACAGGUGUAAGAACACGUGGACAGGGUUUUCGUGGCAAGCUUUCAGCGGAUUGUACAGUUUUUUCAAGUUGUCUGUGGCGUCUGCUGUCAUGCUUUGCCUGGAGACGUGGUACUUUCAGAUUCUUGUUUUGCUUGCUGGGUUGCUGGAAAACCCUGAGCUGGCCCUUGACUCUCUCUCUAUCUGCAUGACAAUCAAUGGAUGGGUCUUCAUGAUCUCAGUUGGGCUAAAUGCAGCUGCAAGUGUGAGAGUGAGUAAUGAGCUUGGAGCUGGACAUCCAAAGUCUACAGCAUUUUCAGUUGUGGUGGUGACUGUAGUCUCUUUCAUUAUCUCAAUCUUCGCAGCCAUAGCUGUUCUUUUACUGCGUCAUAAGUUGAGCUACGCCUUCACCGAAGGUGAAGCCGUGGCUGCUGCUGUAUCUGAUCUCUGCCCGCUUCUGGCCCUCACCCUCCUCCUUAACGGAGUCCAGCCAGUUUUGUCCGGUGUUGCUGUUGGGUGUGGAUGGCAAGCUUUUGUUGCGUAUGUGAAUGUUGGAUGUUAUUACGUGGUUGGAGUACCAUUUGGUGCGCUUCUAGGGUUUUACUUCAAGCUCGGCGCCAAGGGAAUAUGGUUAGGAAUGGUGGGGGGCACAUUGAUGCAAACACUCAUCCUACUGUGGGUGACCAUUCGGACUGACUGGAACAAAGAGGUGGAAGAGGCAAAGAAAAGGCUGAAUAAAUGGGAUGUGAAGGAGCCACUCAAGUAGUGAGAAAACAGUUGUGAAAGAAGGAAGAUUCAUUUUUGGGUGUGAUUCUGAUUUGAUUAAAGAUACAUAACAAUAUUAAUGCAAAACAAUUUAAUCAUUAUUAUCUUCCACGAU